AUGCGUGUGCCGUCGAGAUCCAGCGCCCCCGUGGCCAUUCUACCCUUCCUACUCCUGCUACCCGGCUCUCUCGGCGCGUCUCCGACGUCUCCUGCGGCCGCAGCAAGGGACCGGUCUGCCUGUGUCCAGGCUGCAGCCGUCGAGCUCGCCGCCGCCGCCGCCUGCGGCCACAAGGGCUCCCUCGAGUACUGCUUCCGCCACGCGCAGCCGGGCAUCGCCGCCGCCGGCCUCGAGCGCUGCUUCCGCCACGCCGGGUGUUCCGCCGCUGAAGCCUUCCUGGAAGCUGACUUCGUCGUCCGCGGCUGCGGCGCGGCCAGAUCCCCCGCAGAGCUGCGGCGGCGCGUCCCCGAGGCGACACCAGUCCCGACCCCAGCCCCGAUCGCGGCGGUAGAAUUCCUCAGCGGCCCGGCGUCGCUCGUGCUCCGGGCGGGCGACUCGGACUUCACGCCGUCGAUCCAGUGCAGCACGGAGUCGCGGGUGGCGACGACGGUGUGCCCGGUGCAGUCCACGGGGUCCGAGUCGGGCCAGACGCUGCCGUGCUUCCCGACGGAGCUGCCGACGCAGGUGUGUGCGGCGGAGAACAUCUGCAUGAAGGACCGGUUCGGCAUCGACACGUGCAUGGUGCGGCGCGACGCGCUCGACACCAGCGGCGUCGUCAUCACCGUCUUCCUGUCCGUCUGCUUCGCCGGCACCCUCGGCACGCUCGUCUUCCUCUGCUGCCGCGACAAGGUCGCCGAGCGCAAGCUCCGCGCCCGCAAGGAGGCCGCCGCCAUCGCCAAGGCCAGCGCCGCCGACGCCACCGCCGCCAGCGCCAUACCCCCCGCCAUCGACGAGCCCGCCCCCGCCCCGGCCCGCGGCCCGUCCGUCUCCCAGCACCCCCCGCGCCUCCCGAGCCCCGGCCCCGGCGCGGCCGGCCAAAACCCCUUCUCCGACGGCCCGAGAUACUAA